GUGAAUUUUAAUAUUUAAUAAAAUAUUUCAAUAUUAUUUCAUUUAAUAUACAACUUCAUUAUUAAUAAGUACACGUGAAAGGAUAAUAAUUAUAUAAAACGAGCCUUUAAAAUGUUAUUCGAGCGACAUUUAAUGUCAGGUAGCAGCAGAGAUGAGUAUGGAACUUCAAGUGGUAAUCAUCACUAUCUUCGACAUCAUAGAUCUCAGCAACAACAGCAACAACAACAACAAUUAGAAGAUCAAUAUCAAAAUCAUCAUUCAAGUGGAGGAAUAUCAGAUUCAUUUAAUUUUGGUGAUUUAACACCAAUUGAAUCAAGAAGAUUAAAUAAUAGUGAUUGUACAAUUAAUACCAAUAGUAGUAAUAAUAAUAAUAAUAAUAAUAAUAAUAACAAUAAUAAUAAUAAUAAUAAUAAUAAUAAUACUAGUAAUAGCAGUAAUAAUAAUCAUCAUCAACAAAACAAUCAUUAUUCACCAAUGGAUAAUUCAAAUUCAAGUCCAUUUCAAGAAAAAGUUUUAUCUGAAUUAGAUCGUUUACAAGAUCCAGCAACAAAUGGUUUAGAUGUUCGAGAAGAUGGUAUUUAUGCUAAACAAAAUUUUAGUCGUGGUUGUCGAUUUGGUCCAUUUCCCGUUAAAUGGUAUAAUGAACCAAUUGAUGAAAAUUCAGCAUGGGAGGUAUUUAUGUUUCGGGAAUGUAAACCGGAAUAUGAGGAGAAAACCUUAUAUUCAGCCCUAUUAUGA